AUGAGUAGAGCCAUUACUAGAGCACAAUUGGAUAAGGUCGUGCGUAGCAUCACCAAAUUCUACCCUCAAAAGUACGCAGAUAAGAGUUGGGACAAUACGGGUCUCCUCAUUGAUUGUUCCACCGGUGCCAGUGCGAACAUUCAAGCCAAGAUUCUUCUAACGGUGGAUCUUACCAAGUCAGUGGCUCAAGAAGCCAUGGAUACUGACUGCAACGUGAUCAUCGCCUACCAUCCUUUUAUUUUCCCCAGUUGGAACAGGUUGAAUCCUCUCACGAACCCACAACACGAGACAGCCAUAAAGCUAAUUCAAAACGGAAUAUCCGUAUACUGCCCCCACACUGCAGUGGAUGCUGCUCGCGGCGGUGUCAACGACUGGCUGGUCAACGGCUUGAACAACGGGGAGAACGUCGCAAAGUCCUAUGCCUUGGAAACUGUCAGCGGUGAAAACGACGACAUGGUCGGCUACGGUAGAUUCGUAGAGUUCGGUAAAGACAUUUCUUUGAGGCAGAUCAUUGAGAAUGUCAAGCGUGCCUUGCGGGUUCCUCAUGUACAAGUGGCAUCUGCUGCCGUUCCUUCCACAUGGGACCAAGUAAUGAUCAAAAAAGCUGCUAUUUGCGCCGGAAGUGGGUCUGGCGUAUUCAAGCAACUGAAAGAAGAUGUGGAUCUUUACUAUACUGGUGAGAUGUCCCAUCACGAAGUGCUGAAGUGGAAAGAAAUGGGCAAGACCGUUAUUGUCUGCAACCACUCAAACACCGAGCGAGGCUUCUUACAAGACGUUAUGCAUGGGCUACUGAAAGAUGAAGGUCUUGAGGUGCUUGUCAGCAAGAACGACCACGACCCUUUGACUGUUGUUUAG